AUGUACAGGAACGGUCUAAGUACGCAGAACUACGAUCUCACCUUCUGGAGUCAGUCAGUGGCCUCCACGACACUCAAUGUUAUUGCUGUGCUGUUUUUUUCUUCAAAACUGACUGAACACAAUAUCGUUUUUACUUCCAGACAACAUAUACUUAAAUUCUACAGCCUGGACUCAAACAUGACCAUAACACAGUCUGGUCUACGAAUUGGCCAACGUUUAAAAUAUGAACUUGCAAGGAAACCAUCAUUCAACGUCACUGAAGACUUCUUGAAGUUGGUCCCAAAGGAACAGCCUUUGAAAGACCGCCAUUUUAAGACAUGUGCAGUCGUGGGCAACUCUGGGAUUGUACUGAAAAGUAACUGUGGGCAAGAAAUUGACUCCAUGGACUUCGUCAUACGGUGUAACCUACCUCCCAUAGAAGGGUACCAGAAAGAUGUCGGCUCCAAGGCUAACCUCACCACAAUGAACCCCUCAGUGAUCCCACAGAAUUUCAAAAAUUGGAACAAAACGAAGAAAGAAUACGAUCGCUUCUUGCGGCGCCUUAGUCUAAUUGGUGACCAGAUCUUGUACGUACCUGCCUUCACGUCUCCGCAUGGAGAAAAGGAUGUGAGAAUCCUCACACAGUUUGUUCUUAAGCAUGAACUGCCGAUGAAGACUGCUUUUCCACCGACAGGACUUAACAAUCUCAUGAAAAAAAUUUGGAGAGAUGCUGGGUUCAAGAUCCUCCGUCCGUCCACCGGCGCUCACAUGUACACCCUGGCUGCAACCGUUUGCGACCAGAUCCACAUGUAUGGCUUUUAUCCCUUCAAAAAGGACCCACAGGGCACGGCGCUACACUACCACUACUACGACAACAGAAAGAUGAUCGGUAACAGGACUCACAACAUGCCAGAGGAAUUCAGCGCAUUUCAGCAGCUCCACCGGCGGGGGGCAGUGGUACUGCAUACAGAACCAUGUCAAUGAUUUUUUUUGGCAACACCA